UUCGCCUUGUCGACCAAACCGGCGUCCGCUGGUGCUCUGGGAGACCUUGCUGCUGGCAGUCAAGAAGCGUCGUCCCCUCGUAACCCAAGCGAGUUUCACGGCCCAAUUACCCCCGAACAGCGCCAGCGACGGACGCUUCUUCGCCAACAAGAGACCACAAUUCCCCGACAAGACGAUCGAUCGCCUACUCCUUCUCAACGACCGCUGCGCCGAACUCCCCGUUUCUCCGCCAGUCCUAGUCCUCGGCCAUCCGAGGCACAUCGUCGAGUCCACCUUGAAGCCGCCACAGUUGGCAUCAGCCCCCGGCCCCUUUUCUCGACAGCUGGUGACCCUGUCGAGUUCAGGCAGUUUGAGCGAACCUUUGACCCCCUCCGACGGCAGCUCUCCCAGGACCUCAGCGACGAUCCCGAAGAAGCGUCAACUGUCCGGCCGUCGUCCUCCAGCCCCAAACGAGAACACUCUACUUCGACGAGGCGCGACCUCCACCCCGCAGUUCGACUUUCUAAGCAUACCAAGAGUGCUAUACUUUGGACCCUUGAGGAAGCGCUCAGAAAGCCCUAUCCCUUUACUCCAGAUCUUGUAGAAGAGAGCGCGCCGAUGGCCGAUCUCCUAAGCGGUGGCACCGGCCCCGUCACCACCAAUGGCCACAGCGCGUCCUCCUCCCGGCCAACUGCACCCCCUGCCCAGACCGGAUCUCCGCAACAAGUUAUCCGGGGUCCUCGAAUGAUCAUGCGGGAGCGGGCCGAGCGUGAAGCAAGGCAGCGGGCAGAAAGAGAACAGAUGGAGCGCGCUCGUGCUGAGGAAGAGGCUCGUCUACUGGAAGAGACACGACGGCACGCCGCCGCUGGCGCUGUUCCAGGCGGUAGUGACUUACCCUCGGAUCCGGCAGGCCAACGCCGGCAACAGCGCGCACAGGAGGCCGCAGGGUCUUCGCGGAUUCCGGCUAGCAUGCCCUCGGCUUCGGCACAGCAAUCGGCCACUGUGCCGCCACUGCGUCCAAGUCGGGUCCCGGCGACAACCCAAGCACCUCAGAAUCCCGGCUCUGCACCUCAGCCUGGGCCCGGCGCGUCGGGGCCUACCCAGUCGGGCGAGACGUCGACCCAAGGAGUCGGCACAAGCCGGCUCAAAAACUCAUUCCCUCAUGCUUUUGAGCGGUGGGAGGCCCUCUCCGCCCACUGGGAAGGCAUGACGAGCUUCUGGCUGAGGAGGCUGCAGGAAAACACGGAUGAGGUCGAACGUAACCCGAUAACAUCUCAGCUCUCUCGGCAGGUUCAUGACCUCUCGGCCGCGGGCGCCAACCUCUUUCACGCCGUUGUCGAACUGCAGCGGCUUCGCGCCAGCUCUGAGCGCAAAUUCCAGAGGUGGUUUUUCGAGACACGGGCUGACUUGGAAAGGCAUCAGGAGGUCAACGCAAUGCUGGAAGCCCAAAUGGAGCAGGAGCGACAGGCGAGAGCCGACGCUGUGCGGAACGCAGCACAGCACGAGGCCGAGAAUGCGAAGCUCCAAAAACUGCUGACCGAGAUGCGCCGAGAACUGCAUAUCUCCAAGGAAGAGGCGCGCCGCGCCUGGGAAGAAUUGGGCCGUCGUGAGCAAGAAGAGCGAGAACGUACCCUCUCGCUCCAGCAAGGUCAUCCGACCAUAGUUGGAGGAGUACAGGUAGUGCCCAUGAACCAAGGCGUCCUGAGCCGCCAUACAAGUCACCGCCAAGCUGCCGAUACCUCAGAAUACAUAGCCGCACAAGGAGGCCAGUACCCAGAUUACGCUGGUGCUGGGGCUGGGCCCACCGCUCAGCCAGCUGCGACUUCAGCUGGCGAUCAGAGUGCUGGCUUCUACCAGCAGCAGCAGCAGCAGCAAAAACAGCAGCAACAGCAAGAGCCCCCUGGCCACCACGGAGGCGAUUACGGGACCGGUUCCGAGGCCGGGUAUAGCGAGGGUGAGUAUAUGAUUGAUGCGAGGGGCAAUUUUGUGAGGGACGAGCAUGGCAACAGAAUCCCCUUCCACAGCCCUGCCGCGUCGCCGAGCCAGCAUCAUCGAGCAAGGAGGUCUGACGCUGCUGCAGAGGACUAUGAGACGCCCAGCUCGCAGCAGGCGCCUCAUCCCACGAGCUAUCCGCCGUCAAGCUCGCAUUGGGCUGCAGGCGGGUACACGGGCGGAGGAGGGAACCCUGAGUAUUCAGGCCAGGGCUACGCGGCGCCUGGCUGGGAAGCAAUGCCCCGCCAUCACCACCCCACUCGGCUGAGCGACGUCAUUGAGGAGGACGAGCGAAGCCGCACCUCAGUAAGCCAAGUGAGCCGUCCAUGAACAAGGAAGGAGCGGAAGUGAGUGGCCGGCUUUGUGUAUGGGGGCCUGUACCACAUAAGCCACCGUUUCCGCGCCGAAUCCGUUCGACACACGAGUCGAGGGGACCAAUAUAACACGAUCGACUUUUUCCCUGGGUCUAUUCUAGACUUGUUUUUUACCCUCUCCCACAGCAAAAGAUGGAAACUGCA